AUGUCAUACACGUGGCUGAUUUCGUGGAACAUUCCGUCUGGCCUAACCCCUUUCAUAUCCUCCUGUCCCGACUACGCACCUCCUCUCAUCCUCCCCUGGUCUGCUAUCCGACCUUCGCGGCCCCCCUGCGCCAUGAAUCUCCUUCACUCCCUCGUCCUGGCGACGGGCUCGGUCGUGGGUUCCGUCCUGGCUGCCCUGUACGUCUUCCAAGAAAAGCUGCUCUACCACCCCACCCUGCCCACGCGCCGCUACGAGAAGAAGCCAGACGAUUACGCGAUGCGCUACACGGACGCCCACAUCGUCGCCGCCGACGGCGUCCGCAUCCACGCCUGGCUCAUCACCCAGCCGCGCUCCACGGCCGCCGCCACCUUCCUCUACUUCCACGGCAACGCCGGCAAUCUCUCCCACAGGCUCCCCGACGUGCGCGCCUUCUUCGCGAGCGGCUUCAACGUCCUCAUGGUGUCGUACCGCGGCUACGGCGAGUCCGAGGGCUCGCCGACGGAGGCGGGUAUCAAGCUGGAUGCCGCCGCCGCCCUGGCGUACGCGCUUGACCGCUCCGACGUCCUCGACGUGUCGCGCUUGUACCUCUUCGGCCGCUCCAUCGGCGCCGCUUGCGCCCUUGCCGCGGCCGAGUCCGCCGACGCCCAGAACAGCCUCAGGGGCAUCGUCGUCGAGAACACUUUCACCUCCAUCGACGAUAUGAUCGACCAGGUCAUGCCCGCCAUCAGCUUUGCUAAGUUUUUGAACAGGAAUAAGUGGAACUCUUUCGCCGCCGUCGGCAAGAUUGCCCUGCCCAUACUCUUUAUAAGUGGAUUGAAGGACGAGCUGUGCCCGCCAGAUCACAUGAGAAGUCUGCAUCGCAAUGCGGAGAUGGCCAAGUUUAAAGUCUUUCUCACAAUUGCGGAGGGUACUCACAAUGAUACAUGGUGGAUCGGCGGCAGUCAAUACCGUGAAGCGGUGGAGGACUUUGUGCGACGAGCCGAUUCGGAGGGGAGAAACGCAGCUGCGGCCGCUGAGACUUGCUCUCCUUGACCGCUGAUGUGAUUGCGGAAAAAAGUGCAAUGAUGGCAGACGCGGCAAGGUGGAGAGGUUUCGACCCAGUGAAUUCUCACUUGUUGGCUCUGAAACAUUUGCCAUUGGCCGCGUCUCGGAAUUCGGAUACUGACGAGGUCUGUUUUUGGACGCUGCGGAUAAGGUUCCUUGCUGAGCACUCCGAUCGGGCUUUUUUCGUAUGAGUAACAACUGUGGCACAAACGAACGAACUUCUACGCGUGCAUUCUGGAUAUAUUUGCUUCACGUCAAUGUCAAAGACUUAAAACGUCUACAAUUACGCUUACGUCUUUACCAAGACGACUAAUUCUAUACGGUAGCGGGUGUUUGUGUAGAGCAUGGGAUUGUUCAUGUUUUUUUUGUCAAUAUUUGAGGGGGCGCUCAAAAACCAAAAUCGGAUCUACUGUA